UUAAGGAUCUCGACCGGCUGUUUUCAUUUUUCUUUUCGGCUGAUAUCAGUUAGUUAUCGAAUGGUUCCCAUGUGUGCCGGUCGUUUUCUGCUCAAGCCUUGGUUUACGCUUAUACGUAGCAGUGCAAUAACAAGAAAGUGCAGCAGCAUGGGUGAAGCACAAGGAUUGACCGAUAAGGAGGCCAAGGAACUUCUGAAACUUCCGGAUGCCGAAACGAAGGAUUUCCUGUUCCAACAAACCAUGUACCGCAUUAAGGAUCCUCGUGCAUCCAUUCCGUUCUACAAUGAGGUACUGGGAAUGAACUUGCUGUGCAAAUUGGAUUUCCCCGAGGCCAAGUUUUCGCUUUACUUUAUGGGUUACGAAGACAUUGUCGAUCAGCCAACGGAUAAGAAAGAGUGCAUUCGAUGGGCGAUGAGCAGGAAAGCAACCCUGGAACUUACCCAUAACUGGGGCACGGAAACGGAUCCGGAUCAGAAGUAUCACAACGGAAAUGCGGAACCUCGUGGGUACGGGCACAUCGGUAUCAUGGUGCCGGAUGUGACCAAAGCUUGUGCCCGGUUUGAUAAGCUGGGUGUAGAAUACGUUAAACGUCCGGAGGAUGGCCGCAUGAAGGGAUUGGCGUUCAUCAAGGAUCCCGACGGUUAUUGGAUUGAAAUUUUCAACGCUAACAAGGUGUGUUAAGAACAAUGUUUUUUCUUCUUUGCUAUAAUUCUGUUCUUAUCAUAUAAGAAAUGAAAGUCACGUUAAUGGAAAGUGUCUUACUAUUGUUGGAACAAAAUUUACACGUUCGCAAAUGUUUACCUAAACUUUAAAAGGUUUAUAAAUAUAAAAUAAAUUUUGAAAA